AUGCCGCAGGCGGGCGGCCACCCGGGCUCCCGGGGCACGGCGCUGCUGGCCCUGUCGCUGGCCCUGGCAGGGUCCCUGGGCGGCGGGCAGCACUACGACUACUACGGGUGGCAGCCCGAGAGCCUGCCCCACGGGCGCUUCUACGGGCGGGAGCCGCAGUGCCUCGACAUCCCGGCCGACAUGCAGCUCUGCCGCGACGUGGGCUACAAGCGCAUGCGGCUGCCCAACCUGCUGGAGCACGAGACCAUGGCCGAAGCCAAGCAGCAGGCCGGCAGCUGGGUGCCCCUGCUCGCCAAGCAGUGCCACACCGACACCCAGCUCUUCCUCUGCUCCCUCUUCGCCCCCGUGUGCCUCGACCGGCCCGUCUACCCCUGCCGCUCCCUCUGUGAGGUGGUCCGUGACUCCUGUGCCCCUGUCAUGGAGUCCUACGGCUUCCCCUGGCCUGAGAUGCUGCACUGUAGCAAGUUCCCCUCUGACCACGAGCUCUGCAUUGCCGUCCAGUUCGGUAACAGCAAAGCCACGCCGCCACCAGUGUCCAAGAUCUGCACCCAGUGUGAGAUGGAGCACAAGGCGGACGGCAUGAUGGAGCAGAUGUGCUCCAGUGACUUUGUGGUGAAAAUGCGCAUCAAGGAGAUGACGGAGGAGAACGGGGAACGGCGGCUGGUGGCUGCCCAGAAGAAGAAGGUGCUGAAACUGGGCCCGCUGAAGCGCAAGGACACCAAGAAGAUGGUGCUGCACAUGAGGAACGCGGGUUCCUGCCCCUGCCCCCAGCUUGACAGCCUCAGUGGCAGCUUCCUGGUCAUGGGCCGCAAGGUGGGCGGCCGCCUGCUCCUCCUGGCCAUCUACCCCUGGCAGAAGCACAACAAGGAGAUGAAGUUUGCAGUCAAGUUCAUGUUCUCCUACCCUUGCCCGCUCUACCACCCCCUGCUCUAUGGGGCUGGGCAGCAUUAGGGCUUUGCCCACCCUGCCCUUUCCCAGAACUCCUGCACUGGCCCAGCAUCCCAUCCCCGGCUUCCCUGGCUGCACCCCAGGACCUCAGCUCUGCUCACCUCAGCUCCUUGGUUGUGCCCCAGAACCCAGCUCUGCACCUGCAGGAUUCCCUGCUGUGUUUGUGGGAGCCCUGAUCCACAGCCAGGACCCCUGCCUCCUCCUGAGAGCCCUGCUCUGCCCCCCUGGGACCCGUGUUCUGCUCCAAGGAUCCCCAUCCCCACCCAGGAGCUUAGUUUGGACCCAGGACCCUUGUUCUGCAUGCUUGUAAGCCCUGGUCUGCACCGGAGACCCUUGUCUACUCCCAGGUUCCCUGCCCAUAAGCCCAGAGACCCUUGCUUUCAUUUAGAAUCCCUGCUUGGCCCUCUUGGCUGCACCUGGGACCCCUACCCUGCACCUGUGUCCUUUGCCCAGCUCCCUCAUGAUACGCUGCAGACCCUCAGACACCAAAUACAUCCCAUGCCCUCACCUGGAGCUCACAUCCAGGAUUAUCUCACCGUCACAGAGACCCAGCCCAGGAAGGUCCCUCUAGCCCCUCUGCUCCCACAGAUUGACCCCUCAAGUGCCCAGAGCAGCACAAACCCUUCCUGGGCUCUCACACUCCCAUGACACAUGGCCCAGUGUGUGAGGGAAGCCCCCUCCAAGCAUCCCAGACCAUCUCUGUUGCAUCCCUCACACACACCCCUGCUGUGACCCAGCCAUGCACCCCCUGCCCAUCAACACCACAGUAAAUUAUUCCACUCAGUGAAGUGUGUGUGCGACUCACUGCAGUUCACGGGUAAGAGCCCCUUGGGAUUCCCUCAGGGACCCCAGAAGAAUGUGAAGGGGGUCCCAGUCCUGCCCACUGAGUGAGGCAGCCUGAGGGAGCGAGGUCACCUCAGGAUCUGGCUCUAGCCUCACUCCAGGUGCCGUGCCCAGAGCCCGAACCUGGGCAGUCCAGCCAAGCCAAGGGAUGCAAUUCCAAGUGGUCACAGGCAUUCCUGGAGACUCAGGCACCCCUGCCACUCCAGGGAGCCUGGGAGGUCAUUGAGAUGACUAGGAUGGGGGGACAGGGCCCCACAGCUGGGUUUGGCAGGGGUUUACCAGGGAAGUUUCUUCGUUUGUCACCCUUGGGGAUAAAUCCACGGUCUGGGAGCUCACAGCACUUUGUGAGAAGCCUGGCACUGAGUACCAUAGGGGCAGAUACUGGAGCAGGCAGCCUCCUACCCUGUCCUCCCCACAUCUGAAAGUCCUCUCUGCAGCUCCCUGCCAGCCCUGCUUGGCUGCCAGACCUCCCAUGCCACAGCUUCUGGCCUCCUCCAAAAAGAUUCCUAGGGCCACCCACCUGCACUAGCCAGGAGCCUCCCAAAAGCCCAAGGACCAGGACCGUCCUCAGCUCAGCCCCUGUGAUGGCAGCAGUCCCUUAGCUCAGCUCCACUCCCCCAGCUGCCCCCCAGUCCCAGCUGGCAAGAGGGCAGCCUGAACGACCCAGUCGUGUUUGCCCAGUGCAUACCUGUGUCCACCUGUCCCAAAGGGUGAGGCGAGCCCGAAGGUGGCCUCCAGGAUAUUCACCCAGUGCCUGGCUGCCUGACACUGUGUCUUCUCUUCGGAGCUGGCUCGACCUCAGGGAGCCUCCCGGGACAAAAAGGAAAUCGCGGCUCCAGGAUGUCUGCACCCACCCCCUUCUGGCUGACAAGAGCACUGUGCACCUGCCCUGCUCUGGAGUGACCUCUUCUCCUUCGGCCCUCCUUGGGCAUGGCCUUGGCCCCACUAGUCAGCCUCCAGAGCCCCAGAUCUCCCGCUCUGACCAGGGAGAGGUGCCUGUGCCCCUGCCCCACAGCCAGCCAGGAAUAUGGGGCAGGCAGCUGCUGCCUCAGCCUCGCACCAGAAGUGGGCAUUCCUCCCCAGCCACUCAGAAAAAAAAAAAUAGGGAAAAAAUUCAAUUAU